CCCUGUGAAGGCCGUAAACGAACAUGUGAUUUCUCGGCGCCCUGCAGUCUGCUUCCUUGGACGGCUUGGGCGCCGUGCAACGCGACUUGCGAAACCCGCGAAGGAAUCCAGUCGCGCAGACGCUAUUUGGCUCGUCCUUCUGAGGCCAACUCUUGUCAUCACUUGUUUCGGUCUUCACAAGAGCUGCAGACCCGUGUGCUUACCGAAGAGCGCGCCUGUAUGCCGCCACCAGAACAGUGCGAUCCCUUGACAGUAUGUGCUGAGGGUAGGAAAGACGGUGUCACCUGUGGCGACCCACAGCCGGCCUUCUACUACAGUGCCAUGGAACACGCAUGUCUGGCCUUCACCUAUUUGGGCUGUAAGGGUGGCCGAAACCGGUUCGAGUCGCGCGAGUCUUGCGAGCGAGUCUGUCUGGCUCCAGUUCAAGCGUUGCCGGCAUGGCGCCGUGAAAGGAUGGCCUUUCUACAGUACAAAACCGCUCAGAUGUCCUCGAACGCCAGUGGUGAGGUCGCCAGUGAGAAGCAGCCCAAGUCCUACUGUGGUCUUCCGAUGGAUGCCGGCGAAGAGUGCCCGGAUUCGAGCCAAGGACCUCGCAUACAAUGGUGA